AUGAAAAACGAAGAACGUCUGGAGAUGCACUCCAUCCAAGAAGGUCUUAUUACCUGGAGAAAACUGUCUGGAGCGGUUUUAUUCACACUGUGGACAGACAAAUUACUUGAAGCUGGACGUUUGACAAGGUCGAGCAGCUGGUCGAAGGGGUCCAUACCUGGCCAGGGUUCCGUAGAAAAGCCGCUGGAUCCUCGUGUGGCUGAGUAUUCUGUAACGUGGCUGAAAUGUCUGGAAAAUGUGGAUGGACUUCCUGUGUUCCCUGCCUCAGUGUUUCCUAGGUCCCAGUUCUUGCCGUGGUGGUCUUCUGCUCCGACUGUUCCAUCUGCUCCGCUGUGGUGGUCAACUGCUCCGGUCUGGUGGUCAUCUGUUCCACCAUGGUGGUCUUCUGCUCAGAUCUGGAGAUCUUAUGCUCUGCCGUGGAGAUCUUCCGCUACGCCCUGGUGGGCUCCUGCUCCGUCUGCUCUGCUGUGGAGGUCUUCUGCCCCGUCUGCUCCGCCCUGUUGGGCUCCAGUCCUGUCUGCUCCGCCUUGGUGCCCUGCUCUUCCGGCUUUGCCUCAGUUCCAGGUCUCUUCACUUCCUCACGGACCUGGCCCUCCGUCCCUCCCCCUGUUCCGCCUCUGCUCCACCACCCUCCUGGAUGGUGUAAUGUUUGGAGCAUCUGGAAGCCGAGUAUUGUAUGCACUUAUCCCUCUCCUAGCGAUAGCUACUCUACAGAGCCCAUGUAGUUUUCUUAGUCUUGCCUUGCCUGUUUUCCUGUGCUUUAUUCUAGCCCGUGUUUCCUGGAUUAACCCUUUCCGUGCCAUUCCGUGUUUCUGUUCAGUUCCUGUAUUGUCCUGCGUUUUUCACUCCCCUAGUGUUAGCUGCUGUACGGAAUGUUUGUUGUUUUCUAGUCUGUGUUCCCAGUAUUUACCCCUGUCUCAUUGUUCGGACUCCGUUUAUUGCCUUGCCUGGAUUAUAGCCCGUGUACCUGGAUUAUCUCUCUGCCUUGCCCUUUUGGAUACUGUUCGCCCAUCGUCGACCUUCGCUUGCCCUAGGAUUACUCUUUGUCUUGUCCCUGCCAUACCUGUUUGCCUUUGUUUCGACCCUGCCUGUAUAUAUGACCAUGCCUUUAAAUAAAAGCUUGCACUUGGAUCGGCACGUCUCACGUCUCGUCAGCCACGUUACAGUAUCUCAGCCAAAUAUUGUCUGAUCAUAACAAACCAUCAAUGGAAAGCUUAUUUAUUCAGCUUUCAGAUUAUGUAUACAUCUCAAUUUCGAAAAAUUGACACUUAAGACUGGUUUUGUGGUCCAGGGUCACAUAUGUUAAUUACCACAUUGGGUCGAAGCCAUGCCUUUA